GGGGGACGCAGAGACAGCCAUGGAUGACCAGGGCUGCCCGCGAUGCAAGACCACCAAGUACCGCAAUCCUUCUUUGAAGCUGAUGGUCAACGUCUGCGGGCACACGCUAUGCGAGAGUUGUGUGGAGCUGCUGUUUGUGAGGGGUGCUGGGAACUGCCACGAGUGCAAUACUCCCCUGCGGAAGAGUAACUUCAGGGUACAGCUCUUCGAGGAUCCUGCUGUUGACAAGGAAGUGGAAAUUCGUAAGAAAGUGCUGAAAAUAUACAAUAAAAGAGAGGAUGACUUCCCUAGUCUCCGUGAAUAUAAUGAUUUCCUGGAAGAAAUAGAAGAAAUUGUAUUUAACUUGACCAACAAUGUGGAUUUGGAGAACACCAAAAGGAAAAUGGAGCUGUACCAGAAAGAUAACAAGGAAGUAAUUCAGAAAAAUAAGCUAAAACUGACACGAGAGCAGGAAGAGCUGGAGGAAGCUUUAGAGGUAGAGCGGCAGGAAAAUGAGCAAAGGCGACUGCUCAUACAGAAAGAAGAACAACUACAACAGAUGUUGAAAAGAAAGAAUAAGCAGGCACUCUUGGAUGAUCUGGAGAGCUCCAAUCUUCCUGCUUCACUGCUUUUAGCUCAGCAUAAGGACAGAUCUACUCAGCUAGAAAUGCAACUGGAAAAACCCAAACCUGUCAAACCAGUCACAUUUUCCACUGGCAUCAAAAUGGGUCAGCAUAUUUCAUUGGCUCCCAUGCAAAAGGUAGAAGAAGCUUUGUAUGAGUAUCUGCCUCUGCAAGUGGAGACGUAUGGACCACAAGUUCCAGAGCUUGAAAUGCUGGGAAGACUGGGGUACCUCAACCACGUUCGAGCCGCCUCUCCACAGGAUCUUGCUGGGGGCUAUGCUUCUUCUCUCGCCUGUCACCGAGCCUUACAGGAUGCUUUCAGUGGUCUUUUCUGGCAUCCCAGUUAGCAUCAGCCUGCGGUCAAGGGACACCGAGUGUAACAAGAAGCAAAUGAAGCCAGAGAAGGUUGGGUGGAAUUGCUGCCAUCUGCACAAUGGCUAAGCUGCAGUCACUUUUCUGUGUAAAACCAGCUGUGUUUAAGUGUUGAGGGGGAAAAAAGAAAAGCCCGUCUGCACGAGGGCUUUGUGAAAUGGUAGAUACAUUCUUGUGGAGAGGGAAACUCGUUAGUCAUGUGGCGCUUUGCUGAGGGAGGCUGAAGCAAUAAGCCACAUCUAAUGGAAGAUGUGAAUAACUCAGCUGUGUAUGUUUGAGGUUUAAAGAAAUACACUUGUAAAAAUUUUUUUUUUUAAAGCAAGCCAGACUUUUUUAUUAAAGUUUGUGGUUUUACUCUUAUUGCAGGGUUUUAUUUGCACAAGCAUUUAAAUGCCAUUUUGAUUAUAGCAUUUAGUGUCAAUAUUCAAGCCUGCAUUUUCUUCCCAUAAAACUAGUUUCCCCAGUUCAGACAAGUGGGUUUUUCCUCCUGCCAGCUGGAUGAGAUGGCCCUGGAACUAUGCUGACACAACUCUUAUGCAGGAUCCUUCCUGAUGUCAGUUAGUUCUUACCUUUGUCUGGAAAACAGAUUUUUAGCUAAUAGUCUUUCUGAUGAGCUUCUCUAGGAGCAAUCUAAGAAGCCUUGAUACAAGGCUGGGUCACUAAAUUGUUUUUUG